GAGAGUCAGUGUUGCAGUGACAUGCACAAGAGUAACCUACGAAGGAUAGUCGGACGAUUGCAAUUAGCAGUUGUAAUAGAGAUAAAAAAGAGAGAAAGAUCUGCUUCCGGUAUACCGGUUUAUCUUGGUGCAGUGUAUCAUCACGGGUCUUUUAAACGACUUUUCGUUUGUUGAUACCAGAGAUACAUAGGCAAGAGAUUGGCAAUGACGUCAGUGCCGAUCUUUUGUUUAUGUAUCGCCGUUAAUAUCAUCAAUGCACAAAUACAGCUACUGCUUUGUCUUACACGGCAUGUCUUAUAAGAAAUAGGUUGUUACUUUAUUUUUUGUAUGGUGUUGCGCCCACAUUCCUAUGUGUAGUGUGCUUUGUUUUUAUUAUUGCUGUAUCAGGUAACGAGGUUAAAUCUUUUUGGAGAAAUUUAACUACGGCGACCCGCUACUACUACUACGCGUAUUGCACAAUAAUGUGGUCAAAGAAUGACAUUAGCUAAAUUCACAAUAUAGAUAUUCAAGUUUAGCAAGAGAGUUAAAGUCAGUAAAAUGCACAGUUGACUAUUCGCGGUAGUUUAAUACAAAGCUUGCAAUGAUUUGGUCGAUAAAGAGUUGGAUAGGUGCGAAUAAAAUAUCUUUCUUUACUCUUUAACUUAAUUUGUUGUGUUGACACUACUGCAGGGAUAAGUAAAUUGUCUUCUUAAGCUUUUAGUGACUUGUCUUAGUCCACCGACAGCAUGCUGAUCGGGGAAAGAUACAGGUACCGCUGGGUGGUGCUAGUGAUGGCGUCAGUUACGAGUGGAUUAACGUGGGGGAUUGCGAUGACUGUGGGUCACUUUUACUCCAGUUGGAUGUCGUAUUUUGAUGCCCCAGCUAGCUACGUUUCCAUGGCUGGAAGCCUUACACUUACAGUGGGGUGUGGUGCAGGCCCCAUCUUCCGUAAUGUGGUAAAGAAACUAGGACUGAGAUGGAGUUCCUUUUGUGGAGGGUUGAUCAUGGCAGUGGGACUUGCUGCAGGGUAUUUUGCACAGUCAGUGCUUGCCAUUUGCUUUACAUUUGGAGUGGUAACAGGGCUGGGUAGUGGUCUUUCAAAUUUCUGUGGCUGUGGUGCUCUGAAUGAAUAUUUCUACAAGGAAAGAGCAUUUGCAGAAGGUGUUGCUGGUGGUGUGUUCUGUUUGUUUUCUUUUUGUAUUUCAGUGGCACAGCAGUACUGGAUAACUUCAUAUACUUGGAGGGGGGCGAUUCUGCUAACCAGUGCACUUUCCCUCCAACAAUGCAUUGUCAGCUUAUUUUUUAUAUCACCAAACGUGGUGGCUCAACACCCACUUAAUUUCUGGAGGGAAACAGAUGCCCAACACAUUGUGAGCAAAAGUGAAAACGAUAAAUGUUCAGAUGAACCAUUGGAAAUGUCCAGUAAAGCUGCUGAACAAGAUCAAGUCAAAUCAGAUCUUCAGCAGCAAAGAAGUUACCUCAAAAUUAUAAGCAGUCCAACUUUUCUACUUUUGGCCACAAUUGACUUUCUAAAUUGGUUCGGACAUUUUAUACCUUAUGUUCACCUUGUAGAACGUGGCAGGAUACAAGGUAUUGGCUUUGAAUCAUCAGCGUGGCUGGCUUCAGCAUUUGGCGCAGGUGGUUUUAUCGGUCGUCCCCUCACAGGGUUUGUGUGCGAUUAUUUUAAAAUUCACCCGUUCAAGGCAUUCUGUUUUGUACAGUUUGUCAGUGGUAUCUCAAGUCUAAUCAGUCCGUUCUGGCCAUCUACGUGUGGUCUCUUUGUGUACGCAAGUUUCUAUGGAUUUUUUUCAAGUGGGUAUGGUCUGUUUAAGUCUGGUGUGCCUAGAAUGCUGGGUUCAGCCUAUUAUGUGGAUGCUCUGAGCCUAAUGCUUGUACUGGAAGCUAUAGGUGUGGUUCUAGGACCCACUGUGAGUGGUAUUAUAUAUGACCAAACAAACUCAUAUGAUUGGAGCUUUUGUUUCUCUGGCCUUUGUCAAAUUCUGACAGGAAUUCUUAGCUUUUUCAUUCCAGCCGUUCGUCGAUUUGAAAGCAGGCGUGCUUUAGAAUUAGAUGUUGCAUAAUUCUGUAGAAUAUUUUUUUGCUGGUGAGAACUUGCAGAGUAAAUAGUGAUUAGGCUGUAGGAUUGCAAAAAACUGUUCCAUUACCUGCUUAUAAAAUCUAUUCCUUUAUGAAAUCAUACCUAUGCUUUUUCAUUGCACUUUUUACGUUUCAGGUAUUAAAAAUUGUAAACCUUAGGAAAUAUUUAUGUUUGUUGUUAAUAUUCAUGACUGCCUUUUUGAAAGGUACAUUUUUCGCUUUGUUGCUUUACAUUCAUAUUUGUAAAACUUGCACAUUUGGUUGGUAUAGUUCCUUUAUGUUUGUAGCAUGAAGAAAUGUUCAAUAAACAUAAGCAAACAAA